UAGGCUUUCCCAAACCUCCCGUCCCGUCCCAGCGGAUUGCGGCCGCGCGACGAGGCGGAGGCUCGUUCGUCGGCCACCACGGCCAUGUCCUCCUCCCUCGCGCUCUCGCUCCCACCCCGGUGCGCGCUCCCCCUCCCGCCACCUCGCCUCGCAUCCAAGCACCCAUCUCUCCGCGCCAACCAGUGCCACCUCCUCGUCCGCACGCCCCAGCGCCCGCUCCCCCCGCCUCGCCGCCUCCUCCUCGCCCGCAGGGCUUCGUCGUCCACCGCAUCCCUCGCCGAGCCGGCGCGUGAGGGUGGCGCGGGCGGGAAGAAGGCGCCCGGGUUCCGGAACAGGUUCCUGGACCUGGCGCGGCUUGGGGCCGUGGCGGAAGGCGCGGCGGAGGCCUUCUUCCGCAGCGAAAUCCGGCGGCGGCUUGCCGUCACGGCCGUGCUCAUCGUGCUCAGCCGCGUCGGCUACUUCGUCCCGCUUCCCGGGUUCGACCGCCGCCUCAUCCCCGACUCGUAUCUCAGCUUCGCCCCGCUCCCUGCAGAUGACCUCGUUGAUUUUGCUUCUGAACUGAAGCUGUCAUUUUUCCAGCUGGGAAUCAGUCAUCAGAUAUCAGCAUCGAUUGUGAUGCAGGUUCUUUGCCAUGUUCUUCCAUCACUUGAAAAGAUUCGCAAGGAAGGAUUAGACGGGCAUGAGAAGAUCAAAAGCUAUAUAUGGUGGCUAUCAUUGGGUUUUGCAAUUGUGGCUGCUUGUACUGUGUCAUGCUAUUCACUGCAGUACUCCAUAUAUGCAGCAAGUUACAGGGUUAAGCAUGUCAUAUUAACAAGCUUUCUGCUUGUCCUUGGUGCAAUGUCGACGACUUGGAUCUGUGACACCAUAACGGAAUCUGGCUUUGGGCAUGGCUCAUCUUUGAUUAUCUGUGUUGGAAUAUUGACUGGUUACACAAAUACACUACACAAGAUGCUAACUCAAUUUUCAGGAAAUGUGUGCACAUCUUGGCCCUACAUCUUGGGAGUAGCUGGGAUCUUUAUGAUGGUUACCAUGGGGGCAGUGUUGGUGACUGAAGGAUGUAGGAAGAUAAAGCUUCAGUACUAUGGAUUCAAGUUGGCUUCUAGUGCAAGGAACGAAAACUCCCCAGUUACAGAGGUUGAGCCAUAUAUCCCCUUCAAUAUAAACCCAACAGGGAUGCAGCCUUUGCUUACAACCUCAUACCUACUUGCGUUUCCAAGCAUUAUGGCCAGCAUUUUUCGUUCGCCAUUUUGGGAAAAUUUGAAGGAAAUUUUGAAUCCAAUGACUUCAGUUGGUGGUAGUCCUUGGAUUUAUUAUUUGACCUAUGCAUUUUUCGUCUUCGUCUUCAACAUUUUUGACAUUGCCAACUUGCCAAAAGAGAUAUCUGACUACCUGAAUAAGAUGAGUGCCAGAGUGCCAAAGAUAAAACCUGGAAGAGCAACAGUGGAUUAUCUUACAAAGAUACAAACAUCGACACGUUUCUGGGGAGGUCUACUACUGAGCUUGCUGGCAACUUCCUCGUUAUUACUUGACAGAUAUCUCAGACAAAUAAAUGAGGGGUUUUCUAUAGGUUUCACAUCAGUCUUGAUUAUCGUGGGCUCAAUCAUUGAACUUAGAAGGUCCUAUCAAGCAUAUAAUGUGAUGCCAGCACUAAGCAAAGUUUUGAAGAGAUAUGGUGCUUAAGGUUAUGCAAGCACAUAUGGUGGUGAUGGCGGUUCCAUCCUGCAGGGUUUACAGGCUUACAAGUUCGCUCUAUGUUGCAAACUUUCGAGUGAAUAUUGUUUUCAACAGCUUGAAGUACCUCAAAAGCGUGCUGUCGGUUUGGAUCGGAAUGAUAGAGAAUUGGUUCUGGAUCGGUCUUCAAGGCCAUACUUCGACUAAAGAACCAAUUAGGAUACCCAGCUGUUCUUUUACAGAAGGAUAUCCAGUUGUUCCGGUUUUAGUACAGGGAGGAUGAAGGAGCUGCGCCAUUGUGCCUUUGGGGGCACUGCAAUGGUUGAUGACUUGUCUCGUUUGUGGACCAGAAAAAGGUUGGGUACCUGGUUCAUCCUGUUCCUGUUGUAUAUAUUUCUAGCGGUUCAUAUCGCUGAACAGCUAACAUGAAGGUAGACUGUAGUCGCCUCUGAAAGGCCGGACACAGAUUGGUUGGGUAGUAGACUGCUUCAAACAUAGUACUAAGGAGUAUGAAGAUAUCGAAUGUGACCUGCACUUCGGUGCGAAACCGUGUACUAACAAGGAUUAUUUUGAUGUGUUUAUGUA